AUGGCCGGGCCCGCACCUAGGCGCACCACCUCACCCCCUGGUCCGCAACAAACACUAACCAGAAUUUUAACCAAUGACGAGAAGAGUGACGGCUGGCGCUGCGCAGCCGCCUCUAGGCGUACUGCCACGCCCCGCCUCGCAUCCCCGCGGAAUGGGAGUGUCACAAGGGCCACAUUAAGAAGGAGCCAUUGCAGCCUGACUCUCAGACUCUCUCAGUCCUCCGCCUCCGCCUCCUCCUCUUCCUCUUCCUCCUCCUCCUCCUUCUCCUCCUGCUCCUCCUCCUCCUGCUUCUCCUUCUCCUUCUCCUACUCCUCCUCCUCCUGCUCCUCCUACUCCUCCUUCUCCUGCUCCCUCUCCUCCUCCUCCUCCUCCUCCUCCUCCUCCUCCUCCUCCUCUGACUAG